AUGUGGUUCCAGAACCAAAUUGUUGGUUCAGCCCCUGUCUACUCCGGGGUGGUGCUUAGCCGGCGCCAGACCGACCCUCGACUUCGGAGGGGCAGUGCGGUGCCGCUGGGCGCUUCCUCCUCAGCGUCUUCGGCUUCUUCAGCCCCGUCGGCCUCCUCACCCUCGGCUGGGCCCCGCGAUCUCGGUGUAUGCCCCAGCGCUGACCCCGCUCGAGAUAUGUCUACCCCGGCUCGGCGGCGCCUCAUGCGGGACUUCAAGAGGUUGCAGGAGGAUCCUCCUGCCGGAGUCAGUGGGGCUCCGUCGGAGAACAACAUAAUGGUUUGGAACGCGGUCAUUUUCGGGCCCGAAGGGACCCCGUUUGAGGAUGGAACAUUUAAGCUUAUAAUAGAAUUCACUGAGGAAUAUCCAAAUAAACCACCUACGGUUAGAUUUGUCUCUAAGAUGUUUCAUCCAAAUGUCUAUGCAGAUGGUAGUAUAUGUCUGGACAUACUUCAGAACCGCUGGAGUCCAACUUAUGAUGUGUCUUCCAUUUUAACAUCAAUACAGUCUCUAUUGGAUGAGCCCAAUCCCAAUAGUCCAGCAAACAGCCAGGCCGCUCAGCUGUAUCAGGAGAACAAGCGAGAAUAUGAGAAACGUGUUUCUGCGAUAGUAGAACAGAGCUGGCGUGAUUGUUGA